AUGCGUCUCCUCACCUUCGGCAGCCUGCUGCUCAGCAGUGCAUCCGUGUCUACCGCGGCAUUGUGCAGUAACUGCUCGCCAACAUCACAGGAUAGCAAAGUCCUUCAGUACGCCUGGGCAAUCCAGGGCUUGAGUUACUGGUUCUAUGAAACCAAUUCAGCGAACCAGACGAACUUUUCUAGCGCUCCGAACACAUCCAAGACAAACUACCCGAGCAAUCUGGAGGGUAUACAAGCUCAGAAUCUGUAUGGUGCCCUCCAGGUCGACAAGCUCGCAUCCAACCUCUCGGACUUCCAACAACCUGACUGCAAUUUCUCCAUACCCACCCCCUCCACUAUCACCGAAUAUAUAGCAAAAUCCUGGUACCUGGAGACUGUCAUAUCUGGUGCUUUUACUGGGGUUUCCAACUACACCCAGACGCCCAUGGUCUCCCUCCUUUUGAAUCGAUUGGCUGUUCAGCAUGCGACCCACGCGACAUAUCUUGCCAGUUCCAUUUUACAAAAUGUAUUGGCGGCAAACGACACCUCUGAUAUACCGGUCCUCCCGCCUGACAUGGUUCUCAGCAACAAAACCGCCGAUGCCAUGCUAGGUGGUAUUCUGGGUGGAUGUGUAGUUGCACCAGACUCGCCCUGUGGCUAG